ACCUUUAAUCGGCUGGCGGAAGGAGCGCGAGCCAGAACAGUACCCACAAUGCAAGGUGUCAGAUGACAUCGGCUACGUGCUGUACUCGGCGCUGGGGAGCUUUUACAUACCGUCCUGCAUCAUGGUGUUUGUUUACAUCAGGAUUUACUACGCGGCUAAAGCUCGGGCUAGAAGAGGCAUCCGGAAAAAGCCUAGAAGUAACGAGCAACAGACGAGCUUCACAAACGUGCCAAAGGGAACGAGGCCCAUGCCUGCCACGCCGUCGAUCCCUAUGCCUGAAGGAGAUAGUGUUAAUUCUGUUAGAGACAAUCCAAUUUCAACAAUCGAGGCCCAGCAAGUGGCGAUACCAACGGUGACAUGCGACUUGGCAUCGGACAUAUCGACCAGUGAAGCAGGAGACACCAUGCCGCCACCACCUGAUGAAAGAAAGGAUACAUUAAAGGUGGUAACAUCAGCACAAGUCCAAAGAAAUCUCUUAACGACGUGUCCGUUAAGAAACUCGACAUUAUCCGUCAAUGGAGAACUCGAGACGAGAGGUCGAGCGGCCAGUGUGGCCAUCGACACAGACAUGGUUUCGGAAAUGGAACCAUCAUCAUCAGACUCCGGGGUCGUAAGCCGCUGCGCCGUUGUUAAACCUCUAAAACUAAGAAUCUUCAAGAAAAGUAGUUCUGAUAGAAGACAGCAGAAACAGCAGCCCAGUAAAUCGGAGCUCGAACCCGCCUUGCCAAAACAGCACAAACCCAGAGAUCCGGAAAGAGAAAAAAGAAGAUUGGCAAGAAAAAAAGAAAAACGGGCUACAUUAAUAUUAGGCUUAAUUAUGGGCAGCUUUAUAGCUUGCUGGUUGCCCUUCUUCUUCCUUUACAUAUUCUCAGCAGCGUGUAAGUCUUGCGAAAUAGCCAAUAUGGCGUUUUCUAUAGCUUUCUGGUUAGGGUACAUGAAUUCAGUGCUAAAUCCUGUAAUAUAUACGAUAUUUAAUAAAGAUUUUCGAAGAGCCUUUAAGAGGAUAUUGUUCAAGUGAUGUUUGGCUUACCUGUGCUGCUAUACUUGUGUGGCCAACAGAAUAAUGUUGGCUCAGCGACGAGCAGCACCGGGUCUUUACAAUGUGCGUUGAUUAUCUUCCAUUUUGUCAUUAACAAUAGUCGCUGCAUUUCAUCUAAAUAUUCGCUUUAUU